AUGUACAAGUGGUUUACUACACCGGCGACAAGCGGUUCGAAUGGCACAAAUGGCACAAAUGGAACUAAUGGGUCGCACAACGGCUCUGCCCAUCUCCCAACGCCUGCUACCCGUGUUGCGAACGGCGAAACCCCUCCCAACUGGAUCCCCUGUGCCGACCAACCUGUCUAUGAGCGACGAAAGCUUAAGAUAAUUUGUAUUGGCGCAGGAUACUCGGGUUUGACCCUGGCGCAUAAGAUCGAGCAUGAGCUCAAGCUUGGCGAUUUUGUGGAAUUGAAGAUCUACGAGAAGAAUCCUAAGGUCGGCGGAACGUGGUUUGAGAACACCUAUCCUGGCGUCGCCUGUGAUAUUCCUGCCCACUCUUAUACAUUUUUAUUCGAACCCAACCCAAACUGGUCUCACUUCUACGCCCCCGGUCCCGAGAUUGAGGAGUAUAUCCAAAAAACGACGAGGAAAUGGAAUCUCGACAAGGACGUUCAGUUUAACACGAAGGUUGCUGGGACUACGUGGGAUGAGGAAUUGGGAAGGUGGAAGGUGGAGGUGGUAGAUCAAGAAGGCACCAUCACUCAUGAUGAGGCUGACAUUCUGGUCAAUGCAGCCGGUUUCCUGAACAAGAUCAGCUGGCCUGCGAUUGAUGGCCUGUCGAGUUUCAAAGGCAAAUUGCUUCACACUGCGGCUUGGGAUAACGACUAUGACUGGUCGAACAAACGCGUUGCAGUGAUUGGCAAUGGCUCCUCGGGAAUUCAAUGUGUGGCUGCAAUGCAGCCGAAAGUCACCAAACUUGUUAACUUUGUGCGUAACCCAACCUGGGUUUCCGUCAACUUCUGUGCGGAAAAGACACAAGACGGUAAGAAUUUUGCCUACACAGAAGAACAGAAAGCGCAGUUCGCGAAUGAUCCCAAGGCUCAUUUCAGCUACCGCAGAGAGCUAGAGGCCAGUGUCAAUGCCUUCUUCUACGGCAUGUAUCGAGACCAUCCGAUGCAACGGGGCUUGACGCAGGCCUGUGAGCAGCAGAUGCAGGAGCGAAUGAAGGAUAUCCCUGACCCAGAGCUUGUAUCGAAAUUGCUCUCUCACGACUUCCAGCCAGGCUGUCGUCGUUUGACACCCGGGGAUGGGUAUCUGGAGGCGUUUGCUGAACCCAAUGCCACUCUUACUUUCGAUCCCAUUGAGCGUAUCACAGAACAGGGCAUCAAAACAAUCACGGGCGACGAGCAAGAAUUUGAUCUGAUCGUCUGCGCCACAGGGUUCGACACGUCCUUUAUUCCAUCGUGGAAAAUGGUCGGUCGCCACGGGACCACACUGGAAGAGCGAUGGAAGGUUAACCCUGAGGCUUUCUUUGCGGUCCAAGUGGAGGGAAUGCCGAACUACUUUGUCUUCAACGGGCCUAAUUGCCCUAUCUCCCACGGCUCGCUUCUGACACAGGUCUCUUGGACUUGCGAUUACAUUCUUCGCUGGGCCAAGAAGAUCGCUGGAGAAGAUAUCAAAUCAAUCGAUGUCAAGAAAGAAGCGAUGGAUGACUACAAUGUUUACUGCCAAGAAUUCCUCAAGCGCAUGGUCUGGUCAGACAAAUGCCGAAGCUGGUACAAGAAUGGAAAACGCGAAGGUCACGUCACCGGUGUGUAUCCCGGCUCGGUUCUGCACUUCAAGGAAUGUCUUGAAAACAUCGGUGGGGAGCACUUCAAUAUUGACUACCGCUCGAAGAACCGUUUCCGAUUCCUGGGUAACGGCGAAAGCGCUCAUGAUCAGCAUGGUGCAGGUGAUUUGGCGUGGUACAUGGAUGAUAUGGAAGCUUCGAUCGCGCCAAUUUAG